AUGAGCUUCCCUCAUUUCAAGCCGUGGAAGGGUUGUUUACAGCCACCUUCGCCACUCUUCUUGUUUCUCUUCUUCUGCGUCUUCUCAUCAUUUGUGACCCGGGUGGUUCAAGCCCAGACUCAGAAAGGUAACAUAGCUCCCUACUCUUCUGCUUCAUCCUGCUUCCCUCCCUUGUGGUUCCUCAGACUGGACCCUCACUUUUGUAAAACAAUGGCACUCUAAAGAGUUGAUAUGUUGAAGGCGUUGCAGGCUUCAUAAGCGUCGAUUGCGGCUUCGCAGAUGGCUCGGAAUAUCAAGACGACGAAACAAGAGUAACAUACAUUGGCGACUCGCAAUUCAUCGACACAGGGGAGAACCAUAUCGUCCCAGUCAACUCAUCUUCGCGUCCAUAUCGAACCCUCCGCAGCUUCCCCAACGGGACUCGGAACUGUUAUACGCUGUCCCCGGUGCAAUCCGGCGACAGGUACCUUAUUCGAGCCGGAUUCCUCUAUGGCAACUACGAUGGCCGGGGUUCUCCCCCCAUCUUCGAUCUCCACAUCGGGGUCGAUUUCUGGACCACCGUCGAACUGGAAUCCGACAGCCCUAGUACUUCAGAGAUCAUCAUGGUGGCACCCGCGGAUCUUAUACGGGUGUGUCCUGUCAACACGGGCAAAGGCACACCCUUUAUAUCCACGCUCGAGUUGAGGCCUCUCCUUCAUUUCAUGUAUCCUCUCGCAAACGCAUCUCAAUCUUUGGUCAACCGUCUGCGCUGGAACUAUGGAAUGGCGAACAGACUAACGUGGCUAUACUUUAAAACAAUCUAUCUCCACUAUUUGCUGAUCAUUUCUUUUUCCCACUCCGCUUCUUUGCCAGAGAUUGCUUUGAUUAUUGAAUCACCAAAUAUUAUGAAACCAAGUCAAGGCAUUAUACUCUCUUUCCGGAGGGCGAUGCCAGCUGGAAACUCAGAACAGGUCAAUGGGGCACCAACGAUGAGAGAAGGGCUGUGUAGUAGGCUUUUAAGCUGGGUAUGGUAAAUGCCGGAUGGGGCAAGCCCAUUGGUACUGUAUCUAGGUUGAGUAUAAACCACGGGUACUUAAAAUAAAUGGGACAUCUUUCUUGCAACGUUCUACUGCAAACACAGGCGAUAACAAAUAGAGAUGACGAUGCAUUUUUUUUCUCUUGAAGGUUUCCGGAUGACCCUUACGACCGCUUCUGGGACGGUGUCGCCACAAAUUUCUUUACAUUGAACACCUCCAACGAAGUUGUGGCAACAGAAGGAGAUGCUUUUCAAGUUCCCUCUCCUGUUUUAAGAUCGGCCAUCUCUGGAUCACGCAACAAAUUUCAUCUAGAUAGCUGGCAAGACAUUGGAACCUUCGGCGACAAGAUAUUUAUUGUCAUGCACUUUGCAGAGCUACAGAAGCUCAACACAGCCAACGAGUCAAGAAGAUUGAAUAUCUAUGUGGUAGAUGGUACCGUUUUGUUGUUCCCCGAUUACAGGCCCCCUUACUUAAGGGUAGAUCAUAAAGAGAUCGUCGAUGAUCAGCUUUCGAUAUCAAGAGUUUACAACAUCUCUAUCCGUCCCACAAGCUCGUCCACUCUAUCUUACAUCAUCAAUGCGCUUGAGAGUUUUGUAGUGAGGAAAAUGAACGAGUCACAAACUGACGGUCGUGAUGGUAAGACAUCGUCUGGUUGCCCUUUGCCCUCUCCUAUUUCACAUUCACGACAUAGCUGUUGCUAUGCUCACUACUAUUUUAUCAACUUCUACUGCAUCGUCGUACACCGACCUAGAAUUCAUCAACAUUAGGGGUUCCAUGCGCUGAAAAUUUGUCAAGUGCUGCUGUCUCGUUGCCCUUUAUUAUAUUUCGUUCUGAGUGUGUUGCUCAUUUAUAUCAAAACAUCUGAGAUGGUAUGUACUUUGUGUAUCAGUUGCUGCCAUUGACGAAAUCAAAAGAGUAUUAAGGCUUGUGAGAAAUUGGGAGGUCGACCCAUGUUCUCCAAGAGAAUAUAUUUGGGAUGGAGUCAAUUGUACCUACUCUGAAGACUCUAGAUCCCUGAGGAUUACUUCUCUGUGAGUGCAGUUCAUAAAAAACCAAACGUGUGGAGGAAAAAAAUUAGAAGGGAAAUGGUAGAAGCUUAUUCAUAGAUGCAUGAUUGCUCACAUGGUUCAUAAUUUGAAUUGUGCAGGAACUUAUCAUCAAGCGGUUUGGACGGCCAAAUUCCUAGUUCGAUUGGUAACCUGACAGCUCUUACAACGUUGUAAGCUAUGGUUUCCAUGAUUAUUAGUGCUUGAGAACAAAUAAUAAAAUGCUUUCUUCAUAUUUAUCCAUCAUACUUGACAUAUAAAUCAUAAUAAAGAUGCUACAAAAAGUUUUAUUCAAGUUUCCUUUCUUCGGUCACCAGCAAUAUAUGGUAAAUUGUAACAACUAUUAAAACCUACCCACUUUCAGAGAUUUUUCAGAUAACAAUUUGACAGGGCCAGUACCGGAUAUUUUGGGAGAGUUACCGUCUCUUCGAUUCAUGUAAGUUUCCUUUCUACCUUUAUCCAAUACUAGUUAACCACUCUGAUGCUUGAGAUUCUCUUAAGGUAAAGUUUAUGUGAUCGUGUAGAAACUUGUCUGGAAACAAAGCCAUCGGGGUCAUUCCUCAAAAUCUUUGUGAGAAGAUGUCCAAAGGUUCUCUUUCCUUCAGGUUAGUAAACCCACCAACAAUGAAAAUGGUGUUCAUUAUGAGUAAAUUCUGGCAUCAGAAUAUACAAAAAAACUGAAUAAUGAGGUAUAAUUACAGUCUUAUUUUUUUUCAGCGUAUGAAUACAAUGAUUGAACAGCUCCUGUAAAAUGAAGAUGAUGACUGGAGAUCUUAAUGACACGAAAGCUAAAAUAUUAGAAUAAUUUAUAACACAUCUAGUAAAAAAACUUUAAUAGAUUGUGUCUUUUUUUAGGUUUCACACAAGUACAUUUAGUGGCUAAAAUUUAUUAUGAAUAUAAUUUCUUUGAGAUGUAUUCUUCAGUGAUAAUCCUUUCUUGCUGACAGUAUGAAUGGUGAGCUGAAGCAAUGCAAGAAUUCUAACACCAACAAUAAGAAGGCUGUCAUUCCUGUGACAAUAACAGCCUCGAUAAUCAUUACAAUUUUAUUUGUUGUAUCCUUUUGGAUAAUCCGAAGGAAGCUAAAAUCUCAUUCUUCUGCAGGUACAUUGCAUAUACUUUUCUUUUUGUAUAUAAAUGUUCACAACACUAAACCUGUCCAAAUAAUGAAGAAACGUUUUCAUUGUUUAUGAUAUUUAAAUUUUUUAGGUGUCUUGAAUAAAAACAACUACAGUAGAAGUACUGCAAUGGAUGGCAAUGGCUGGAAAAGGGAAAGUGUGCAAUAUACAUAUGAAGAAAUUAGACAAAUUACGCAAAACUUCCAACAGCAGAUUGGUAAGGGGGGAUUUGGGAUUGUUUAUCUUGGUCACUUGAGAGAUGGAACUAUGGUUGCAGUAAAAGUUCUUUCUUCAUCAUCUUCACAAGGAUCUAAAGAAUUUGAAGCAGAGGUACAAUUAAGUAUUCAAUAUAUCAAUAUUAAAAAAUAUUUUUUUGUCUAGUUACAUGAUGUAGAGUCCAUCAUUAUAUUAAACUCACAUUUUAAGUGACAAGAUGCUCAUAUUUCAGGUUCAAUUAUUGGCGAGGGUUCACCACAAAAACUUGGUAUGCUUAUUGGGGUAUUGUGAUGAUGUAGAACAUUUAUCUCUUGUUUAUGAAUAUAUGGAUAAUAAAACCCUCCGAGAUCAUCUAUCAGGUUUGGCUAUACAAAAUUACCUAAUUCUCAAAUUUUGAUGAAAUAAAUAGAUGUUCUUUCAUAACAUGAGUAUUUCUCAUAUAUACUUUCAAUGCAUCAUCAACAUAGGAAAGCACUAAAAUAGCUGCCAUUGCUCUUUUAGGUGAAAUUUACAAUGGUGUUCUGUUAAAUUGGAACCAAAGUGUGAAUAUAGCACCUCAAGCUGCACAAGGUACUUUUGUCCUUAAAAAAUUGACAAAACUAUUCACCUAAGCCACAAGAUAAAGUUUGAUAUAACCAAAAGUUUUAAAAAAAAUGCAGGGCUAGAUUAUCUACAUAAUGGAUGUAGACCACCUAUUGUGCAUAGAGAUAUAAAGAGUAGUAACAUUCUCUUAAAUUGUGAGCUUGUUGCAAAGAUAGCUGACUUUGGACUAUCAAGAGCAUUCAAUAAUGAUAGUGCUACACACAUAACAACUAGGUUAGCUGGUACUCCAGGGUAUCUUGAUCCUGAGUAAGUAUACCUCUUUAUUGUUAUUCUUCCUACUUUUCUCAAUUAAAUACACAUUUAUUUUAUAAAUUAAUGGAUAAAAUAAUAAGAAACAAUUAUCAAGACUAAUGUUCUCUUUAUUGUUGCAGGUAUUAUCAAGAGAAUAGGCUAAAUGAGAAAAGUGAUGUAUAUAGUUUUGGAAUUGUUCUUUUGGAGAUUAUAACUGGUCAACUACCAUAUCAAAAGUCCAUAGAGAGGACACAUAUUGUCAGAUGGGUUCAUUCAAAAGUUGAGAGAGGUGAUAUCAUGAGUAUUAUUGACCCUAAGUUACAAGGAGAGUUCAACAUCAAUAUGGCAUGGAAAAUAGUAGAAAUAGCAAUGUCAUGUGUGACAACAACUUCAGAAGAAAGGAUAACAAUGAGUAAUGUUGUAACACAGUUGACGGAAUGUGUGGAGGUGAAUGAAUCACACAGUGUGCUUGGAAGUGUUAAUUCCUCAAUGCAAAGGAUGAAUGACACAUUACAUUCUAUAUCAACUACUCCACUAACUUCAUUGGCUAGGUAG